AUGAGUGAAGAAAUCACCUAUGCAUCUGUAAAGUUUUCACGGACUCCAGCAGUCUGUACCAAUGAUGUUGUGACAAAUAAAGCUCCCCAGCGCUGGCCAUCUAUCCUGUACAUCUUGGCUGUAGGUGUUGGGAUACUGAUUGCCCUCCUGGUGAUUGUAGUGAUAAUACAAGUGGUUUGGAGGACUGCUCCCCAGCGCUGGCCAUCUAUCCUGUGCAUCUUGGCUGUAGGUGUUGGGAUACUGAUUGCCCUCCUGGUGAUUGUAGUGAUAAUACAAGUGGUUUGGAGGACUGAUAGCACCUGUCCUGGCUGCCCUGACCAAUGGUUGGGUUACAGGAGCAGCUGUUACUUCUUCUCCAAGAUGAAAAAGGAUUGGAGUUCCAGCCAGGAUUCAUGUUCUGCAGAAGGAUCACAUCUCCUGGUGAUCAGUGAUGCCAGUAAAAUGGACCUCUUCAAGCAGAUGUACACAGAUACCUACUGGAUUGGUCUGAGGAACAAAAACGGCACUGCCUGGACCUGGGAAGAUGGUUCAAAACUCAACAAUACAAAGGACCCCUCUCACAAGACCUUCCUUCAGCAAGAGGUCCUCACCUUCUACCAAUAG